AUGGCUCGUCUGUUUGCAGCACCGUCAUCGAGAAACAGCACUUACUUUAGACAAUUUGACUGCGGUGACGUUUUCCAUGGAUUGGUUGUCGAGACUGAAAUCGACAACGUCGACUCCCUAAGAAGAUUUCGAGGUGUGACAAACGUCUGGCCAAUGAAGACUGUGCCCAUGUUGUCCGCCAUGCAGAGAGUAAAGGCCGCCCCCAGACUCAAAUAUCACAACUAUUCGAUGCAUCAGUGGACCGGUGUCGAUCAGCUCCACGCUCAAGGUAUUCGAGGCAAAGGCGCCACUAUUGCCAUUAUCGAUACAGGGGUUGAUUAUACCCACGAGGCGCUCGGUGGGUGCUUUGGCCCGGGUUGCAAAAUCGCCGGAGGUUAUGAUCUCGUUGGUACAAACUGGAACUCACACAAUGAGAAGAAAUUUCCAAGGGAGCCAGAUCAAGAUCCCAUGGACUUUCAUGGCCACGGGACCCAUGUGGCCGGAAUCAUUGCAGCGGAAAAUGAAUGGCUGACUGGCGUUGCUCCUGAUGCUCAAAUUCUUUCAUUCAAAGUUUUUGCCGACAAUCCCUGGGAUACUGACGAAGAUGUACUCAUCCAGGCAUUUUGUGACGCAUAUGGCGCUGGGGCGGACGUCAUUACGGCAAGCAUUGGCAGACCCGAUGGGUUUGCUGAUGAUCCUUGGGCUCUGAUUGCUAGCAGAAUUGCCGAUAAGGGGAUUGUGGUUACCAUUUCGGCAGGAAACGAAGGCAAUACCGGGCCAUUUUACUCAAGCAGUGGCGCCAGCGGGCAUAAUGUCUUAUCUGUGGCCGCCAUUAAUGUAACUGGAAAUCCAAACAUCAGCACUUCUGAUCCCGGCGCAGCACCUAUUCCCGCCCUAUUUACCUCGUGGGGGCCAACGAAUGAGUUGCUGCUCAAACCUGAUAUCGGCGCUCCAGGAUUUGAGAUUGUCAGCACUGUACCAGGCAAUAGCUACGAGUCCAUGAGUGGGACAUCCAUGGCCGCACCAUAUAUCGCCGGCGUUGCGGCAUUAUACAUAUCCAAGCACGGCGGCCGUGAGCUACAUGGCCCGGGGUUUGCAAAGAUGCUAGCAAACCGGGUCAUCUCCAGUGGAAUCAGCAUUGGCUGGGCUGCUGAUGACGCUGAUUUCCGUUUCAGAGCCCCUCCAUUUCAAGUAGGCACUGGCCUUGUCAAUGCUCUCAAAGUCAUCAACCAUGUUACUCAGCUCUCCUUCGAACCGUUUUCUCUGUUAGAUUCCAUACAGUUUCGAUCUAAAUGGAACGUCGACAUAACCAACUCUGGAAACCAAACAGUCACGUAUUCCUUUGAGCUUGAGCCGCAAGCUGGAGUAGAAAUCCUGGAUCCUCAUUACGGCAUUAAAACCGUCUACCAGAUUAAACCUCUGCAGAUUGUGCCACCAGUUGUGCUGCCUAAAGAUAUCAUGAUAGCUUCUGGAGAGACGCGACAGGUCGAAUUCAUUUUCGGUCUGCCAGAGGGCAUAAGUGAUGAUUACCUACCUUUAUACGGCGGCAAAAUCUGGAUCAGGGGCAACAAUGGCGAAGAUCUCUCCAUUCCCUAUGGAGGGGCAGCUUAUGAUACCGAGAAAGCUUUCGAUACUAUGUUUCUGGGAGACCCCUUCAUCACCGAUUGGGGUGCGAAUUGGACUUGGUCUUUCAACCCGGACAGAAACCGAUUCGACUUUAUUGAGCUAUCUGCACGUCUCAAUUACCCAUGCGUCCACCUCCGCUGGGAUAUCUACGAUACAUAUUGGACAGAGAACCGCUGGCAAUAUCCCCCCAUUGUCGGGGAAUUCGGUUAUAUAGGCUCUGCAGCUACGAUGAAAGAUGCUGAUACCUUUUGGUACUAUGACCCAAGUCGUAUGGACAAGGAUGACACAAUUUCAUUUCCGCAGCUGAGAGUUCCCCGUGGCUAUGCCAAACAUUGGUGGUUUGGCAAGCUGGCAAAUGGAAGCCAUAUUGCACCGGGCAAUUAUACGUUGCGCUUCGCCGCCUUGCGACCUUACGGCAACCCCAACAUCUCCGAUCACUGGGAUAUAAUGCAGAUGCCUGUUCAACAUAUCGGAGUGCUGCCACUCAACGGGACAAAUUCCACCUUGCUCUGA